UCCAACAUGAAUUCGCACGAAAUCUCCAAAAUUUCUUCACAUUUUCGGUGAUUUAGAGAAUGGGUCAUUAUCAGCUGAAUCAGGAAAAACUUUAAACCACAAUUAUGCUCUUUGCGAUCCUAUGGGUCGAAAAUUGGAGCUGAAGUUUUCCUGAAGAAGAAGAAGAAGUGUAGUCCAGGGAAGUUGAUGGUAGGCCGAGGAAGAUUGUAUUUGUAUCUAUGAUGACUAAGCGAAUGGUUGGGUCAAAUAGGCUUCUCCGGUGGUGGCUAACCAAUAAUUGUUUCAGAUGGAAUGGCAGAUCCUGUUAGUAUUGGCAGCAAUGACCAGGGACUUCUUGCUUUGAAGAAAGGCACUCAACUGGUAAAGUAUAGUAGGAAGGGGAAGCCAAAGUUGUGUACUUUCAGACUUUCUUCGGAUGAAAAGACCCUGAUCUGGUACUCUCGUGGUUCAGAGAGGAAUCUAAAUUUAACUAAAGUUUCAAAAAUUAUUCCUGGGCAGAGAACACCUGUAUUCAAAAGAUUUCUUCGUCCAGAAAAGGAUUACUUAUCUUUUUCUCUUAUAUACAACAAUGGUGACAGAUCUCUUGAUCUGAUUUGCAAGGACAACGAGGAAGCAGAGGUUUGGAUUGCUGGACUGACAGCCUUAAUUCCAAAUCACCAAACUCGCAAUAGACGCACUCAUAGUGAAAUUUCAGAUUUCCAUGAUGGUGGGCGCCCAUUUGGUGGAACAUUAGACUGCACUUCUACCGUUAAUCGAGAUCGGAUCUCAAUUGACAUUUCUCGUGAAACUAACCUGAAUUUUCCAAGUUCAGAUGUGGGAUCAGAACGACCAAGUAUGCAAGUAAGAGGAGAUGGUUUCCGUGUUAGUGUUUCGAGUACUCCGAGUUGUUCAAGUGGAGGUUCUGGGGUGGAUGACAUAGAAUCUUUAGGAGAUGUUUAUCUUUGGGGGGAAGUUUGGUGUGAUGGCACAUCGAAAGAUGCAUCUGGCAAUCCAAUUCCAAUAAAACAGGAUGUGCUUUCACCUAAACCAUUGGAGUCUAAUGUGGUCCUUGAUGUUCACCAAAUUGCGUGUGGUGUUCGACAUAUUGCUCUUGUCACGAGGCAAGGCGAGGUUUUUACGUGGGGAGAGGAAUCGGGAGGCAGGCUUGGCCAUGGAGUUGAAAAGGACUUUAGCCGUCCUCGCCUAGUUGAAUUCCUGGCAGUUACUAGUGUUGAUUUUGUUGCAUCCGGUGAGCAUCAUACUUGCGCUGUGUCUCAAUCUGGCGAUUUGUAUACCUGGGGUAACGGUGCUCAUAAUGCUGGAAUUCUUGGCCGAGGAAAUGACGUUAGCCACUGGAUACCUAAGAGACUUUCGGGUGCACUAGAAGGCCUUCAAGUUCUAUCCGUCGCCUGUGGCACAUGGCAUUCAGCUUUGUCUACUAUCAGCGGCAAAGUAUUUACUUUCGGUGAUGGAACUUUCGGGGUCCUAGGUCAUGGCAAUCGCCAAACCGUUCCAUUUCCAAGGGAAGUUCAGUCAUUGAAUGGGCUCAAAACUAUAAAAGUUGCAUGUGGUGUAUGGCACACUGCAGCAAUUGUAGAAGUCAGCAGCCCGUCUGGUUCAACUUCAAAUGUCUCGUCUAGAAAAUUAUUCACCUGGGGCGAUGGAGAUAAGAACCGAUUAGGCCAUGGAAACAAGAACGCUUAUCUAGUCCCGACUUGUGUUUCUGCUCUUAUAGACUAUAAUAUCCACCAGAUAGCGUGUGGACAUAACAAUACCGUUGCACUCACAACAUCCGGCCAUGUCUUCACAAUGGGAAGUAAUGCAUAUGGUCAGCUGGGAAAUCCACAGGCCGAUGGGAAAUUACCUGGUGUCGUGCAAGAUAAAUUGGUCGGUGAAUUCGCUGAGGAUAUAGCAUCCGGGGAUUUCCAUGUUGCUGUCCUGACUUCAAGAAGCGAAGUUUUCACGUGGGGGAGAGGUGCAAAUGGAAGAUUAGGCCACGGGGAUGCAGAAGACCGUAACAUUCCUACAUUCGUUGAAGGUUUGAAAGAUAGGCAUGUGAAGAACAUUGCUUGUGGCUCGAAUUAUACAGCAAGUAUUUGCAUUCAUAAGGUUUCUGGAGCAGAUCAAUCAAUCUGCACCGGUUGCAGGCAAGCAUUUGGUUUUACUCGAAAGAGGCAUAACUGUUAUAACUGCGGCCUCGUUCAUUGCCAUGCUUGCAGUUCCAAAAAGGCGCUGAGAGCCGCGUUGGCCCCAACACCAGGGAAACCACACCGCGUUUGUGACUGUUGUUAUUUGAAGCUUAAAAACAAGGCUGCUGAAGGGCAAUCCUUGCCUUACACCAAAGUGGCUACCCCUUCCAGGCAAUUAGAUGGCUGUAGAUCAGAUAGGCCCGAGGUGAGGAGAUCAAGUAUUCUUCUGUCCACCAAGGUGGAGCCUGUGAAAUACCUCGAGGUCAGGUCUACAAAUCCCGGAACUAAACUAGCCUCUUAUAAUAUCGUGAGAGCUUCUCAAGUUCCUUCGCAUUUGCAACUGAAAGACAUUGCUUUCCCGAGUUCAUUCAGUGUUCUUCAGAAUGCUUCGAAGCCUGUUAGGAGAAAAACACCAUCACAGCCGUCUCCAUCCAACUCGAGACCCGCUUUACCAUACUCCUCGAGAAGACCAACCCCUCCACGCUUACCUCCUCCUCCUGUGUUUUCGAGAGGCAUGGCUGACAGCUUUAAGAAGACAAAUGAGGUUUUGAACCAAGAAGUUAAUAAGCUUCAAUUCCAGGUAAAAAAUGUAAAGCAGAAAAGUGAUCUUAAGGAUACAGAAAUCCAGAAAUUGAAAAGAAAAGCCCAAGAAACCGCUGCAUUGGCAACAGAGAGAUUAACCAAGUGCAGUGCUGCAAUUGAAACCGUGAAAUCCAUCAGUGCUCAAUUGAAAGAGGUGACAGAAAAGCUGCCCUCCGAUAUUGCUGAAACAGUUUCCAUUAGCUCCAUCCAAGAUCAAGUUGAAUCGUUUCUGAAUACCAUUGAGGCUCAGGCCUCCGAGGAAAAAAUUGUUUCGACUAGUGAGUCUGCUGUAGGAUUCUCGGAGACUCCAAAUAGUGUAUAUGGAACUCCACAGGAAAACAAUCAAUCAUCCAAUCAGGAAACGAGAGGUGCAAAUCAAUCAAGUGUAGAAGGGAGCACGGGUUCACCCAAAGUUAAAGGACAAAAUGAAGUUAUUGAACAAUUCGAAUCAGGUGUUUAUGUAACGCUCCUUCAACUUACAAAUGGUACCAAGAUCUUCAAGCGAGUUAGAUUCAGUAAACGAAGGUUUGCAGAGCAGCAGGCAGAAGAAUGGUGGAAAGAAAACAAAGACAGGCUGCUGAAAAGGUACCUCCCGUCUAGGACAAACAACGCAACCACAGAAUCAUCCUCCAGUACUCCCCCAGCAUCCGAGGAAAGUAAAGAAACAACUUAACUUUUGGUAGAAACAGAACUUUUUCUCGUCUUCUUUUUUUUUGUCCAGUUAAUUUAGAACUCAUCAUAGAACUAGAUUUUUAACUUAGCUACAAGAAGUUGGGAUGCAAGGUGCUAGGAUAGCACAGCCAUAUGACUGCACGGUUUAUAGAUACCGACUUCGAUCU